GUAAUCUUUUAUCCAAUUAUCUCUCUCCAUACAAGUCUGGAUGCUGAUUCGUCUGAAUGCAUUCCUGUACACUAAGUCAGGACAUUGAUCCCUCCGUUAGUAUUUCAUCCUUCCUCAAAGUCUGGAGAAUGAUCCCUCCGUUUGUGGUUACCAUCCUUGCGGAGUGUUAAGGUUGAUCCCUUACACCGCAGACCAAGAGUGAUCGGGUGCAGAUCAUCCAGAAACUUAAGGUCAUCCUUCUACACAUCUUCCCUCCUCCUCACUUAGUCAUUUUACUCUCUAUAUUGAACACGCUCUGUCGAGGCCUUAUGGUAAAUGUAUCCUCCGCACAUUAUACCUCGACAAUUACAACUGAAAAUAAAACUUCAUUUUAUGCUUGAUUCAAUGGCACUACAAGUAGAGCAAAAAUGUUACACGAUCUGAUUACCUGAUUACAAUCGUAAUCUAAAAACAUGAUUGUAAUCGUGUAAUUACGUAAUCAUAAUGACUGUAAUCGUAACCGUUGGUUAUAAAUAUACUCAUCAUUUUUUUUUUAUGUUCUUCCGUAUCUAGCCUCAUAGGCUAUACGGGAUUUUCCCGGACCAAAGGGCGAGGGCGCGGAAUUUAAAAUCCCCUCCGGCACCGGGACGUGAACUCGUACUUAUUUUUUUUUUAAUCUUCGAUUAUCUGGUUGCUUAGCACACGCGUUAGCCCAUUCGGCCACCCCGCGCCCCAGAAUAUGCCCAUCUAUGUUCUGACCUCAUUACGUCGGUAACUUGAACCAUAACUCGUCCAACCUCUCUUAUUUUGGUUAUAUAAAUACAUAUCUGUGCCCCGGAGAGACAGACACCAUGUCUAUUUUUUUAUUAAAUAAUGUAGUAACUAACGAUGAAAUUUUAAUAGUUAAACGUUAUAAAAAGCCGGCUCCCCUGAACAAAUACAAUAAUGAACACGGUGUUGUUUACCUCCGGGGUACAGAUAUGACACCAAUCAAACCAGUACUGUAUUAUUUGUCCUAUAAUCACACCUUAGCAAUGCUUAUCUUAACGAUCUGCAUAUAUUAAAUCCAACUAAUUAGAUAUAAUUUAGAUCAGUAAUUUUGUUGUGUAUCUAUUACAUUUUAAGUCUGAAGCAUGUAUUCAUCUAGCAGUUUUCCUUACCUGACACUUUAAUGUUCUCAGGAGAUGAGUGCCGACCACUCGGUGGAGGCCAGGGCACUUGUACCCUACUUAGCCAAUGCCAGACCCUCGGAGACUUUAAGAAGAAUCGACCUCCAAUCUGUGCCUUCAAGAACUUGGAGCCGAUCGUCUGCUGCCCCACCAAGCUGACCUCUAAGGUUAACCAAGGGCACAAGGCGGAGCAAUUAUGCAAGGUGCUGGAUCUUAGAUGCCGAAAUAGCCUGGAUCUCACAAAAAAUGUGGUUGGUGGUAAAGAGUCUGCAUCUAGGACACAUAUCUUUAUGGUAAGGCUUUUAAUUGAUUGUCUCAGGCUAAAGAAACAGUUUUGCAGAAGAAGAAUCGUUACUCGUGAAACGAAAUCAACUAUAAAUCGGGCUUCGAUGCAGAUAACGCCUCCUGAGACGAGGACUUUUGUUCUUGGAGGAACACGGAGUUUGCCCCGAGAGCACAAGUACAUGGUUUUAAUCGGUUACGGAGAAACAGAGAAAGACUGGAGAUGUGCUGGGUCUCUCAUAACGGCUAGAUAUGUUAUGAGUGCAGCGCAUUGUUCUAAUUUGCAUAUCAUGUUGGGAGAAUUGGACAUCAGUUCCUCUUCGGACGACGCUAAACCAGUCGACAAAGCCAUCAUCGAGAGGAUUCCUCACCCUAAGUACAUACCCAGCCAGAACUACCACGACAUCGCCCUCUUCAAAUUGGAUAGCGAUGUUGUUUUCAAUAAUUAUGUACUACCGAUAUGUCUCCAUACUAAAAGACAGAUAACUUCAAAGGUUGCUACCGUCAUUGGUUGGGGAAAGACAGGAUUUAUUGAUGCCACUAGCGAGAAGCUUCUUGAAGCAGAUUUAGAAGUCUACAAUGACACGGAAUGUAAAAGGCUUAUGUUCAGCUCGAUCACGCCCCAGACGCCGCGAGGUCAUGAAGCUGAUCAAAUGAUUUGCGCUGGAGUGCCAGAUGGAAGCAAGGAUGCCUGUCAAGGUGAUUCUGGCGGUCCAUUGGUUGUAAGGGAUAUAGGUAAGUGUAUCAGGACUCAACUAGGAGUGAUAUCCUUUGGAAAGGAAUGCGGAAAUCCAAAUUCACCCGGGGUGUACACCAGGGUCUCCAAUUACAUAUACUGGAUAGAAGAAGUAGCUUUCGGAGACGGAAUGAUAUUUUAGCUUUUAAAGAAUAAAAAUACUUUUCAUUGCAUUGUUGUUAUUAUUCUAUGUAUUAUCUUAAAAUAGUUUUUAAAAUGUAACUCGAAAGAAUAUAAUCUCUUGUCUUGUAUUUAAUAUUCAUGUUUUGUAUGUCAACAAGGACACAAUGUAUUAUUUAGUAAACAAUAAAAAAUAGAUUUAUCAAAA